CUUGCAGAUACUCUAGUUGCAGUGUUGGAACGGGAUACAUUGGGGAUCCGUGAAAUCAGACUCUUUAAUGCAGUAGUUCGCUGGUCUGAGGCAGAAUGCCAGCGGCAGCAGCAACCAAUAUCAUCAGAGAACAAACGCAAAGCACUUGGCAAAGCAUUGUCGCUUAUCCGUUUCCCUCUUAUGACGAUUGAAGAAUUUGCUGCAGGCCCAGCACAGUCCGGAAUACUCACCGACAGGGAAGUUGUGAGUUUGUUCCUGCAUUUUACGGUGAAUCCCAAACCUCGAGUGGAAUUUAUCGAUAGGCCAAGAUGUUGCUUGCGAGGGAAAGAAUGUAAUAUUAACCGUUUCCAGCAAGUGGAAAGCCGCUGGGGUUAUAGCGGAACUAGUGACCGAAUAAGGUUUUCAGUUAAUCGAAGGAUAUUUGUUGUUGGUUUUGCACUGUAUGGCUCAAUACAUGGUCCCACUGAUUAUCAAGUAAACAUACAGAUUAUUCACACCGACAGCAACACUGUGCUAGGACAGAAUGACACAGGCUUUAGUUGUGAUGGUUCCUCCAGCACAUUCAGGGUGAUGUUUAAAGAGCCUGUUGAAAUACUUCCAAAUGUCAACUACACUGCCUGUGCCACACUAAAGGGACCGGAUUCUCACUAUGGUACAAAAGGACUGCGAAAGGUUAUUCAUGAAUCUUCUACGACUGGUACCAAGACCUGCUUCACAUUUUGCUAUGCUGCCGGAAAUAACAACGGGACGUCAGUUGAGGAUGGACAAAUCCCUGAAAUUAUCUUCUAUACAUAGGAUGGAUAAUAAAACUUGUUCAGAGGAUUUCAGGCAUGUUCCCUUUUCCUUUGGCUACCUAAAGAAGUCAUACAUGUGCCCAAGGAAAGGUACUUUUUAGCAGGAAAGUCAAGUGAGCUGGCAUUACAGGUUUUCAUUGGGGGUCUGUGACCCCGUCAUGCUAUUAUACAUCUCUUCUGACAUUUGGUUAGCCUUUAAGUUUUGGCCAACUUAAUUUCAGCUUGAAAAUUGUACCUUGCCAGAAACUAAACAUCAUCUUACUGUGACACCUGAAAAAAUUAAUUUCCAUGUAAAUAGUAAUGCUUCAGAUUUGAAUACUAGUGGUGUUUUCAGUCUCAUGGCAUUAAAGGCAAAAAAUGAUCUGGCAAAUCUUACUAAUUCCACUUGGAAAUCUUGAAUGAGAUCAGAUAUACGCAGAUGACUUUUCAUUUUCCUGUUUGGUGGAUUGUGACAGAAUGCUUGGG